CCCUUCGUGCAUUGUCGUAAGCCCCCGAUGAUUACUCUUAAAAGGGUGCCUCUGCUACGCAGGGAAACAGUUGCUGACCAAACGAGACACAGCUUGCUUGCUUCAGCCUUCUUGAAUGCCUAGUCACUUCAGGUUUGUUCCAGCCUGACCAACCGGGACCAUGUCUACCUUUGGCUACAGAAGAGAGCUCAGUAAAUAUGAAGACAUUGAUGAAGACGAGCUCCUCGCUUCUCUUACUGAAGAGGAGCUGAAAGAGCUGGAGCGGGAGCUGGAGGACAUAGAGCCCGACCGUAACCUUCCGGUGGGACAGCGACAGAAGAGCCUGACAGAGAAAACACCGACGGGGACUUUCAGCCGGGAAGCGCUGAUGGCCUAUUGGGAGAGGGAGACCAGGAAACUCUUAGAAAAAGAGAGAUUGGGUGCGUGCGACAAGGACUCUGAGCAAGAAGAAGACAAUUCAGAAGAUAUUCAGGAAGAAUAUUUCACAGAAAGCAAUAGUGAAGUGUCUGAGGAGGCAUAUACUGAAGAGGAUGAAGAGGAAGAAGAAGAGGAGGAGGAAGAUGAAGACGACAGUGAUGAUGAGGAUGAGGAUGAGGAAAAGCAAAAUGCUGCAGCUGGUGAGCGACCUGAGGAUGGCAGGAGUUCUGACCACAUCAGACGCAAAAAGUGUAACGGCGCAAAGGACAAUGAAAACUUACUCAAUGGCCAUGAGGGAAAAGACAGUGAUAAUCUGAGCUUAAAAAGCAGUGCCAUCCACCCCUGUGGAAAUCCCACAGUUAUUGAGGAUGCUUUGGAAAAAGUUAGGAACAAUGAUCCUGACACCACAGAGGUCAAUCUGAACAACAUUGAAAACAUCACUUCGCAGAUGCUUAUACAAUUUUCUCAAGCCCUGAGGGACAACACAGUGGUUAAGUCAUUCAGCUUGGCUAAUACGCAUGCUGACGACAACGUUGCAAUAGCUAUUGCUGGUAUGUUAAAGGUAAAUCAGCAUAUAACUAGUCUGAAUAUUGAGUCAAAUUUUAUCACAGGCAAAGGAGUGCUGGCCAUCAUGAGAGCUUUGCAGAACAACAAGGUUCUAACAGAACUGCGGUUCCACAAUCAAAGGCACAUCAUGGGCAGCCAGGUGGAAAUGGACAUAGUUAAACUGUUGAAAGAGAACACCACUCUGGUCAAGCUUGGAUACCACUUUGACCUUGCUGGCCCAAGAAUGAGCAUGACAAGUAUCCUGACAAGAAAUAUGGAUAAACAAAGGCAAAAGCGUAUGCAGGAGCAGCGGCAACAAGAGUCUGGUUGUGAUGGAGCCAUCAAUCCAAAGAACAAAGUCUUGCAGAAGGGGACACCUCGAUCCUCCCCUUAUGUGUCACCUAAGAGCUCACCUUGGUCCUCACCAAAGCUCCCUAAGAAAGCACCGCCAGUGAAAAGUCAGCCGCCAGCUCCUGCACCCCCACCUCCUCCUCCACCCCCACCACCUCCUCCUCCUCCUCCCCCAGUUAUUCCAGAGAAGAAGGCACCAACCAGGAAUAUAGCUGAAGUCAUAAAAGAGCAAGAAAGCUCAAAAAAAGCCUUACAGAAUGGACAGAAAAAGAAAAAAGGCAAAAAAAGCAAAAAACAUGAGAACAGCAUCUUGAAAGAAAUUAAAGAUUCUCUAAAAUCAGUCUCGGACAGAAAAUCAGAGGAAGGCUCACGACCCUCCACCCGUCCCUCCACCCCACAAAGGUCCCUCCAUGACAACCUUAUGGAAGCAAUUCGGGCAAGCAGCAUAAAGCAAUUAAGGCGGGUAAGUAAGAGAUCAUAUUUCAGUAACUGAUUGUGGCUCAGAUAUAGCACAAGCUCAAUUAAUUUUAUUGCAUAUAUAUUUUUAAUCAUAAAAAAAAUAUUAGAAAUAUGAGCAUAAGAAAACAUUUGUGGGAAGGCUUUCCUCUGAUUAGGCUUUUCUAAGCACACUGAUUCCUAUUCGACUGUGAUUUUGACAGAAAGAGGGGUACUUUCCCAGGUUCAGGCUUAUUACAGGAGAUGCUGCGUAGCACAGGGAUCUUGGGAAUGUGUCUGCAGCUCCGGUAAGAAUUUUGCCAUCCAGUCUGUACAGCAAAUGUAAUGAACGCCGUCCCCACCCCACCCCCCUUUUGUAGGUGGAGGUACCAGAAGCCCUUCGGUGAAAGCCUGGACAACAGAAGAAGCAGAGAGCUGCAGUGGUCAAGAAAAGGCUACUCAUCCAUUCACUGGUGGUAAAAUAGACUGUGUAGCAAGCUGCCUCCAAAGUACACUCUUAGAUUCAAACCAUUUCUCUUUUAUUUCAAAGAAAUAAACCCGCUAAAUGCAACACAAUGCUUUAAGGAUACAUUUGCCUUGUAAUCUGUAAAUAUGGAAAUAAUUUUCUUUUUUAUUUAAUGAGAUUUCUAUUCAGAAAUUGCUGCUUAUUUAGAUAUUCUUUUCAAUAUCUGAUUGCAUAUCACUGGACAAGUUCUUCACAUUGAGAUGUAAUAGUUUACCAGCCUGUGGUUUCUUCUUUUUUUUUUUUUUUCCAUGAAUUUACAAUAAAUGUGGUUUGAAGCUUUCAAGCA